AUGUCUUCAUUCAUGGAUUCAAGUGGACACUUGGGAUUCGACGAUGAUGAUCAUUCGCCACCAUUGAUCUCGUUAACACCUUCAAGAAUAGGAGAUUCCCUUGGGGCAACCACUCAGAAAUCAAGAAGCAGAGCAGGAACUUUACCUUCGUCCUUCCUUUUGAAUCCAACGUCAGGUAGCUCUAAUGCUUCAUCUUCUCCAUUGCUUAUCCCCAAUUCAGACUCCCUUUUAUCUCAUCACAGUGGGAACAGUUUCCCCGGUCAUAACUCGUUACUUUUAAACCCUCAUGACAAUAAUAAUAAUAAUAACAAUAAUAAUAGUAAUAAUAAUAAUAAUAAUGCUUCUUCAGGGUCUUUUCUAGAUAUUGGUCCAACGUCUCGCCGUAUGCGUUCAGGUUCACUUUUCUCAACCAAUUCCAUCUGGAACGACGAAGCUUUAGCCCAUUCGCCUUCACAGUCUCACACAGGGUUGAACUUCGAUAACAUUAGCUUACAUUCAUUCGAUACUAUAAACUCCAAUAACAACGCUCCAAAUACUUGGAGUUCAAAUGGUGGCCCUACCACGUCUUCCAACACAACAGUAUCUUCGUCUAAUAAUAACAAUAAUAAUAACUCCAAUUCAAACAAUUCCUCGGGUUGUGUAUUCAGUCCUUUGAUGUCGUCUCAAGGGGGAAGUUCCUCCGCUGCAAAUCCAUCGUCCACGCAAGCCUCAACCAACUUCAAGUACCAACAGUCUCGUAACAGGGCUUACACUACUGCUGGUCCCGGACCGACUAAUGCUUCACUUGGGAUGAACUUCUUUCCUUUGAUGUCUCAACAUAUGCUUAAUACUAAUCAAGUGCACCCUGACCAAAAUAGACAACAACAACAGCAGCAACAAUGGUCAAUGAAUGGUUCAAUACCUUCUAUGGCGUUGCUGACUUCGCCCCAAGUUAAUCCUUCUGAUGCUUCUCAUAAUUUGACUCUGGGAAUCAAUAAUAACAAUAACUCGAAUAUUAAUAAUAUUGGGAAUGGCUCGGAUAUAAACAUGCUAUUGGAUGGAUUGCUCAAUGAGAAUGACUAUAAAGCCAUCCAACGUCAUAGAGCACAAACUUACUCAGGAUCAACCACCAUGGUACUGGAACAUUCAAUUCAAGCCAUGAAUCAACAUUAUCAACAGAUGCAACAACAACAACAACAAUCCAUGAUGUUCAACAACACUGGUGCUCCCAAUUUACAAGAUGAAUUUGACUUUAAUCAACUCAUAAUUACGACUACUUUUGAAAAUACCCAGUUGGGUCCAACCCAAUACCUUUUAUUUGAUAACUUGCCCCAGUAUUUAGAUGCUGAUAGCUUGUUGUCUAUUUUGAACAGUGCUUCUUCAAGUACUCAAAAGGUAUCAGGAUUCCUACAAAAGGAAAUGGCAGUUAGAAGUAUUCGUAUGGCCACGGUAUCACCCCCUCCUCCUCCUGGCAAGAACCAGAACCAAAAUAGUACCAAUUCUAAUCCCAAAAUUGCCUUGGUCGAAUGUGCAAAUGUUGACAUUGCCAUGGCAUUAAAAGCUAGAUUUAAUCAUUUAGAAGGCGCUCCCGGGAAGAUGAUUUUUGUUGCCUUUGCCCAAAUUAUUGAAGAUAAGAGUUUUGUUCCUAUUCACAAACAGCAGCAACCUAUGAAUGACCUACAAACUAAUAAUAUUACUAGCAAUAGUUCAACAAUUCAUAAGCAAAAUGCUAAUUCCAACCUGAAUAGUUUUGUUGAACCAAAGCUGGAAGAUGGUAAAUCAAUUCAGCAUACUGACAUUGGUGCUAUAAAGGAUAGGCUAAUGCAUUAUAUUCGACUUUUGAAUGAUAGCAGCAACGAUAUUGAUAUGAAUAAGGUUGAAUCCUUUAUGAACCACUGUGUGGCAUAUCCAAAGGAUUCUUACCAGAAUAAUUUUGGACCAUUGCCCGAGCCUAUAGCUUUGAGACAAUUUGACUCACCAAAGUUAAGAGAGUUAAGAAAGAUUUUGGAAAACAACGAAAAUGCUCUUCUGGAAGGUGGUGGUGAUAAUUGUGGGAAUAAGUUUAAUUCAAAAGACCAUCAAUUUCUGAAGGAACAUGAAAAUGAAGAAGAUGAACACAAUACAGAAAGAAUCAUGACAACUAUCGAAUUAGAGGAAUUAGCUUUGGCUAUGUUGGACGAAUUACCUGAACUUUGCUAUGAUUACUUGGGUAAUACUAUUAUUCAGAAAUUAUUUAUUGUCAUUGAAUCACCAGUUAUCAAGUUGCUAAUGGUCAAAGAGAUUGUUCCAUAUCUUACACAAUUAUCUAUCCAUAAGAAUGGUACUUGGGCCAUUCAAAAAAUUAUUCACAUUGCAAGUUUAAGUUCAGAAGAUGUCCAACAAAAGCAAUUGAUUGGUAAUAGCUUGAAGCCAUACGCAGUCAAAUUAUUUAAUGAUCAAUUUGGUAAUUAUGUUUUACAAGGGUGUAUUAAAUUUGGACCACCAUUUAAUGAUUUUAUAUUUGAAACAGUUUUGGACAAUUUUUUGGAGAUUAGUUUUGGAAGGUUUGGAGCUCGUUGUAUCCGGACAAUCUUAGAAACUGCUGAUGGGAAGACCAUCACUAAGGAACAAGUUAGCUUGGUUGCUGCAUUGAUUGUUGAAUAUGCCAAUGACUUGGUGGUCAAUAAUAACGGGUCCCUUUUGAUCACAUGGUUCUUGGAUACUUAUCAUGGAUGUAGUACUGAUGAUAAACUUUUGCUUUUAACAGAGAAGUUCUUACCCCAUUUGGAUAUGUUGUGCAGUCAUAGAUUAGCCAACUUGACGAUCUUAAAGAUCCUUAAUAAUCGUGCUGAGUUGAAAUCAAAACUGUUAAUCAUGGAAGCUAUAUUUGGACAGUUUCAUGAAAGUGAAGUUGAUAAUGCUAAACCACCAUCCAAAUUGCUUGAACUGUUAUUAAAAGAGAACAUCAACAUCAAGGAGAACAACACCGCUAACAAUAGUAAUGAUACGAAUAAUUCUGGCCCAUUAUUCAUUUACAAGAUCUUGUCUACUGCGUUAUCUCUGACAUACGAUACGGAUUCAGUCAAGAGCUUGAAAUAUCAACAGUAUAUCACACAACAGAUUAGAAGGAUCUUAUUAGAGGUUAAUGUGAUCAACUAUCAACCCUACAAAAAGUUAAUGGAUGAAGUAGGAUUAGCGAGCACCCGUCUCAACAGGUCUUCGUCUAUUACCAGACGGAAUAAGCGCAACAACAGAAGUACUGGAGGAGCAGGAGGAGGAGGAGGAGGAGGAGGCAACAAUGGAAGUCAUAAGAAUGGACAUAAGAACAACAUCAACAAUAUUAACAACGGAUAUGGUGGAGGACAUAACCCCACAAACGGGAACCAACAAUCAGGAUAUAACAAUAUUUACAAUACUAUGGGAAUCAUGGGAAUGGGUAAUAAUAACAACAACACUAAUAAUAUGAUGGGACCCGUUCAAUAUGGAUCAAUGCAACAACAUCAAUACCCUCCACAAGGUAUGUACCCCACUGGUGGUAAUUAUUAUGGAAUGGGUCCACCACCUACAGGAGAACCUCCACAAGGUCCUUAUACCGCAGGAGACUAUCAAGUGAUGCAACAAUUGGAACAAUUAUCGCUUAGUUCUGCUGCUUUAGGGUACGUUUCCAAUCCUGGAACACCAUCUGUUGCCUCCAACCAACGCAAUUACUUUUAA